AUUUUGCCUCAAAAUAGGCAAAACUCUAAUCUAAUUGUCCUAUGGAUUUGCGUUUUCCAGCAAACUAGAACGAUUUUUUAAAAAUUUCAGAGUUUUGGCAGUCGAUAAAAAUUUUCAAAAAUCAUACAAGAGCACCUAGAGUCGUGAAACUUUGGCUCACAUUAGGCAAAUUAGACUCAACUCUUCCAGUAGGGCAACGUUGCAUUUUCCCAGACAAUUUAAAACAAAUAAAAAGCUUCUGCAGCAAUGGAGAGACAAAACUCUUCCCCACUGAUCUUCCAAAUGCAGCUUUUGAGGCAAUUUCAUACAAACGAAGCGUCCAAACAACGAAUUAAAAUCGAUGAUACGAGUAUUGUUUCGACCACAAUGCAACGAAUCCAUUGGUUUAUAUCUGCAGGAGCAGGCGGCAUGCAAAUUCCCUUUCCAACUGAAAAACCCAGUUGAAAACAAACCCAACCCGUUUUCUUUUUUUUUUUGUUUUGGUACGGAACCACUUCAAACCAAAGCCGAACUGUUUCGAACGGAACAUAUGCAAGUGGGCACCAAAAACUGGAUAACUAACGGGCUGUGUUUCCAAACUAUAGGUGGGAGACAGGCAAACAGUGUCGUCAGGGUCCAGCAGAUCGAAGAUCAAACUGCCGACUAAAAAAUUUUGGAGCUUCAAUUGUGAAUUUCGCUAAGGAUCCACGAUAGUUUAGGAACACAGCAAUGGUAUCCUUACCGCCUCCCAGUUUGCAGAAGCAGGUAACUGUGAUGAGCAUGAACUUGAGCAAGAAGCUGGACGAGCUCCAACGCGGCGACCGUCAGUACGAGACGACGUUCGCCCUCAACGAGAUCCGCAUCCAGCUGCAGGAGCUGACCAAGUCCGUGGAAUCCUGCCAGUCGGAAGUGUCCGAAGUGAAGCGGGACAUGGUGGCGAUCAAGCACGAACUGCAGACGGUGCAGCAGGUCAAAGAGGAGAUUGAGGAGUUGAGGGGGUACGUCGAUCGGAUAGAGGAGCACACGUAUCGCAGGAAACUGAGGCUUCUGGAACAGGGACUGACGGGCUUUCUGUCCUACUCGAUCCUGGCAGCAGUACUGGGGAUGUUGCAGUUCGGAUACAAUACGGGCGUGAUAAACGCGCCCCAAAGCAACAUCGAGUACUUCAUGAAGGACGUGUACAAGUCCCGGUACAAUGCUGACAUGUUGGACGAAAACGUGAAAACUCUUUAUUCGGUGGUGGUCUCGGUGUUCGCCAUUGGUGGAAUGGUGGGCGGCUUCAGCGGAGGAAUGGUGGCCAAUCGGUUUGGCAGGAAAGGUGGACUUCUCCUUAAUAACAUAUUGGGGAUAACCGGCGGGUCUCUGAUGUGGUGCGCCAAAGUGGCCAACUCCUACGAAAUGCUGAUUGCCGGCCGAUUUAUCAUUGGCAUAAACUGCGGCCUCAACACAUCCCUGGUGCCCAUGUACGUAUCGGAAAUCUCCCCGCUGAACCUCCGUGGAGGUUUGGGGACUGUCAAUCAGCUAGCUGUGACUGUGGGCCUGCUCAUAUCGCAAGUGCUGGGCAUCGAGCAGAUCUUGGGCACCAAUGAGGGAUGGCCGCUCCUGCUUGGAUUGGCCGUGCUGCCCGCCCUGCUGCAACUGGUGCUGCUUCCCGUUUGUCCCGAAAGCCCCCGCUACUUGCUCCUCACCAAACAGUGGGAGGAGGAGUCAAGGCGGGCGUUACGGAGGCUGCGAGCCAGCAACCAGGUGGAGGAGGAUAUUGAAGAGAUGCGAGCGGAAGAGCGGGCGCAGCAGGCCGAGUCCUCCACCACGAUGUUCGAACUCAUUUGCUCACCCACUCUGCGCACUCCGCUCUACAUUGGCGUGGUGCUGCAACUCUCCCAGCAGCUUUCAGGCAUCAACGCUGUAUUUUACUACUCCACAAAUCUCUUCGAGACGGCAGGACUCACGCCGGAAAGUGCGAAAUUCGCCACCAUCGGCAUCGGCUGCAUCAUGGUCAUCAUGACGCUGAUCUCCAUCCCCCUGAUGGACCGCAUGGGCCGCAGGACGCUCCUGCUUUAUGGCCUGGGCGGGAUGUUCAUUUUCUCCAUAUUCAUAACAAUCUCGUUUUUGAUCAAGGAGUUUUUUGGCUAUGUGCAGGAAAUGAUCGACUGGAUGUCCUACUUGUCUGUAGUAUCGACUCUAUGUUUCGUCAAGUUCUUCGCGAUGGGGCCUGGAUCGAUUCCCUGGAUGAUCACCGCGGAACUUUUCUCGCAAGGGCCCCGACCUGCCGCCAUGUCGAUCGCUGUCCUGGUCAACUGGAUGGCCAAUUUCCUGGUGGGAAUCGUGUUUCCCAGUAUGAAGACUGCCCUCGAUAACUAUACGUUCCUGCCAUUUAGCGUGUUCCUAGCCUUAUUUUGGAUUUUUACGUAUAAGAAGGUGCCGGAAACCAAAAACAAAACAUUCGAAGAAAUACUCGCUCUAUUCCGGCAUGGAAAUGGAAGGGUUAGUUUUCGAGACAGUCGAUUGUAUGG